AUGACCGUCGUUCAUGUGCUCGACGACUACUACCUGGCCAUCACGGCCCUCAUCACCGUCGCCUACCAGCUGUUCUUCUUCGCCAUCGCCUUCACCUUCAAGUUCGACAAGCUCACCGACUUUGCCGGCGGCACCAACUUUGUCGUCCUCGCCAUCACCACCCUGGCCAUGAGCGGCCACACCCACGCGCGCCAGAUUGUCGCCUCGGUCUUCAUCAUGCUCUGGGGGGCCCGCCUCUCGGCCUUCCUCCUGUUCCGCAUCCUCAAGACCGGCAAGGACGACCGCUUCGACGACAAGCGCGACAAGUUCUUCCCCUUUCUCGGCUUCUGGGUCUUCCAGAUGAUCUGGGUCUGGACCUGCUCCCUGCCCGUGACGAUUCUCAACGCGCCCAGCGUCACGCGGUACCCGCAGCACGCCUUUGGCACGGGCCGCGACAUUGCGGGCGUCAUCCUGUUCGCCAUCGGCUUCGUCAUGGAGAGCGUCAGCGACAUGCAAAAGUUCCGCUUCCGCAGCGCGCAUCCGAACCGCGAGGCCAUCUGCGACAAGGGCUUCUUCUACUUCACGCGGCACCCCAACUACUUUGGCGAGAUCCUCAUUCAGUUCUCCAUCUUCAUGAUCGCCGUCUCCGCAGCCGCCGACGGCUACGUGCGCGGCCAGGCCUUCCGCGCCCUCUACGCCAGCAUCCUCGGCCCCAUCCUCCUGACGGCCCUGCUCAUGUUCCUCUCGGGCCUGCCGCUGUCGGAGCGCCCCGGCGCCAAGAAGCGCUACGAGAAGGGCCAGAACUGGGAGGGCUACAGCCGCUACCUGCGGCGCACCAGCAUCCUCAUCCCCUUCCCGCCGCAGCUGUACGAGCCGCUGCCGACGUUCAUCAAGCGCACCGUCUUCCUCGAGUUUCCCAUGUAUGUGUUCGACCCGGCGAAGCAUUCCGACGUCGGGCUCGGCGGCGACCGCGAGGAGGGACAGGGCGACCGGGCGAGUCGCGAGGGACGAGAGCCGUCGGAGGACCAGCUUGUCGAGGGGCGGUCCUGA